CCCACAGUACUACAGAAAGAGAGUUACAGGCACGACACCGGCCCACCUCGUCCGCUCGUCAACGUUCCUUCGUACGCCACCUUACGCCCCUCCUGCUCUCCGCCUCGCCUUCGCGCGCCUCCGGUCAGCUGCCGACAGCGUCCCGACGACAAACUCGACAGCGACCGUACGUAAAAGGAGGUUGUGGUACGGUACCGGCGCCAUGGCCGACCACCGGCAACUUAGCGCCGCCGACGUCGACCUCUACGGCGUCCUGGGGCUCAAGAAGGAGUGCUCCGACGCCGACCUCAGGCUCGCCUACCGGAGGCUCGCCAUGACAUGGCAUCCGGACCGGUGCUCGGCGUCCGGCACCUCGGCGCGCGUCCAGGAGGCCAAGGAGCGCUUCCAGGAGAUCCAGAGCGCAUAUUCGUCGCAGGUGUCGGGGAUGGGCGACUUCUUCGGGGAGAUGGCCGAGAUGAUGAGCCAGGCCACGCCAACCGAUAGCUUCGAGGAGCUGCAGCAGCUGUUCGUGGACAUGUUCCAGGCCGACCUCCUCGCCGGCGGGUUCGCGUGCGGGUUGGGCGGUGCGCCUCCUAUGGGCCGCCGGGUGCAGGCCCCGAGUCCAUCCUGUACCUCUGGACCUACGUUUGCGCAGGCACGGCCAUCAUGUACCAGCCGUGCCAACAAGCGGUGUUCAUCGGCGAUGGGAUCGCCAGGGGCCUGUCGUCCAGGGUCCGGCCCCGGCCUUUCAGUGUCAAGCUCCAAGGGAAGUGAUUGGAGGCGAGGAGAGGAGGCGCCGUGGACGACGACGCAGGAUGACGCGAGCGUCGGCGGCAGGACGAAGAAAAAGAGGCUGUCGACGGGCCACGGCGAGUCGUGCUAGGAGGAAGACGGAGAUGUCGGCGCGCCCGCGGCAGCGUUGAUGUGCGCCACGCCGUGAGCAAACCUUCCGUGACGGGGGAUAAUGCGUUGCAGCUAGAAAUCUCUGCGGAUCUGACUCACAGUCAGCAAGCUAGUUUUGGAAGACGAUGCGCAAACUUUUCAAUUAGUUUCUUCGUUUAUUCUCUUGAUCGAUUCUCUUGCGUAGCACUUGUAGCUAAGUUAUAAUGUUAUUAGUACCACUUUUGUUUGUUGUGGCCGGCAUGAGUUUUGCACAAUUUUUAAGCAUGAGUUUUGCACAAUUUUUGCACAAUU